GUAGCAACGUACGGAGAACACAUCUAUUAUCAAAUGGUAUUGAGUUUGAAAUUUCCAUUGCUUUUGCAGCCCGCAAGCAAAUUUGCAGCAGCAGGUGACGCCGACGCCCAGUUUGACUCACUCUUGCAAAUUGCCGUCCACUAAGUUUAAUAACCAUUUCCCACUUCGACCUCCGCCUCCCUGCUGCUGUUGACCUGAAAUCUGAAAAUGGCCCCUACCUGUGCUCUCAAUGGAGGCUGUCCAAGCGACUAUGCUGCUCUCUCCAUCGCUCUUCUCUCUAUCAUCCUGCUUGUUGCCAAGGCUGUUGCGCCCUAUGUAAUACAUAAGAUUCCUCGACCCAAAGGCAGUAGCUUUUGGCUCGUCGCUAUACAAGUUUCCGCUAGCAUAAACCUUUUAUUGGCCAUUGUGAUGGCUCUUGGAUUUUUGAGGUUCAGGAGGAGGGAUUGGUGGACUUCGUGCUAUCUAUGGGCUGUUUGGGUUGAAGGUCCGCUGGGAUUUGGCUUGCUGUUGGGCUGUCGAAUUGUACAGGCUUAUCAACUCUACAACGUUUUUGUUAAGAGGCGUUUGCCACCCAUUAGGUCCUUUGUAUUCCUUCCAUUGGUUCUCUUGCCUUGGAUUGUGGGUGCCACAAUAAUUCACAUGAAAAAGCCGCUAAACCGCCAUUGCCACAUGGGAACUCAGUGGAUCAUCCCAGUGAUGUGCCUUCAUGCUCUGUAUGUUGCUGCUUUGGUUGUUUUCACCGGAGCAGUGAGACAUGUAGAUUUUAGAUUUCAUGAACUCAAGGUUCUCUGGCGUGGAAUUCUGGUGUCUACUUGUUGCAUAGUACUAUGGUUGGCUGCGUACCUUUUGAAUGACAUUCACGAGGAUAGGUCGUUGGUUCAAAUCAUUUCAAGAUGUCUAUUACUAGUUGUGACAAGUGUCCUUGUGCUGGCAUUUUUCUCUGCAUCACUGUCACAGCCUCUUGUCUCGCAUUUGACUUUAAGGAAAAAUAGCAGCCAGGAAUGCAAUUUGAUGAGCCUGGCACUAGGUAUACCUGGCAGUGGGCUCUUGACGCAUGGGGAUUCCUUUGAGUUAACCGAUUAUAAUCAACCUUUGGAUAAGCUUCUGUUGAACCGAACAUUUCGUCAAUCAUUUAUGGAAUUUGCAGACAGCUGUUUGGCCGGAGAGAGUGUCCAUUUCUAUGAGGAGGUGCUACAACUUGACAAAAUUCCAAUUAGUGACGAUGUAAAAAGAAUUUACAUGGCACGGCAUAUAAUUGACAAAUAUAUCACUCCAGGUGCAACAAUGGAAGUAAACAUCUCUCAUCAUUGUCGACAAGAAAUAUUAUCUACAGUUGAUUUGGCACACCCCCACCUCUUCAGAAAUGCACAAAAUGAAUUGGUGCACCUGAUGAAAAUGAACCUGGUGAAUGAUUAUUGGGGGUCCACUUUCUUCAUGAAACUGAAAGAAGAGAGCAUGAUGAAAACAGUUGAGCAUGAAUUACAAGAACAUGGAGGUUGGAAUUUCCCGCAGCAGCGGCUGAGUUCAGUUCAUUGUGCUGAUGACCCCUUCCACCAAGACUGCCAUAGUCCUCGAAAAUCAGUUUGUAGCAGUCAUGACUCAUCAUGAUUCAUGGAUAGAUACAGUAGCUAAGACUUCAGUCAGCCCUGGUUCUAAACAACAUCAACAGCACAGGGCAGUGGCUUCUUGUUCUGGAUGAGCACUGGCGGCGCAGCUCUCAAUAAAAGGACGCGAUCAGGGAUCAAUGCCAAUGCCCAAUCUUGAAUUGGUGAUUGAAUAUGGAUCUGGAGGUUUAAUUUCCACCAUUUAUAUAUAUAUUUUACCUUAUAUAUGUAUAUAUGCAAGGCUUUUUGGGUUUGAAGUUGUCAGGUUUGUGGAUGCAUGGGUAAGUGUAAAUAUGAUAUGUUUGUAUAAAAUAAAAAUUCCCAGUGAAAAA